CCACCUCUAGUGUUGAUUUGAUUGUUGUUGAUUUUUUGUAUUUCUAUUGUAACACACAAAACUCUACGUUUCGCAACCAGCAAAAUUACAUCGCCAGAGCAGCGAAUCUCACAAAUCUGUUAACAAAUUUGGAUCCAGAGCGAAGUUAUUUUCCGCCCACAUCGCAGAAAGAGCAUUGAAAAUGACACGCGGCAACCAACGCGACCUGGCCCGCCAGAAGAACCAGAAGAAGUUGGCGGACUCCUCCAAGGGAAAGCGCACCGAUAAUCUCACCGUGGAGCAACGAAAGGCCAGGGAUGCCGAGCUUAUGCGCGAGAAGCAGAAAAAAAAGGAGGAAGCCGCUGCCGCCGGCACAAGCAAAUAAUGAACUCAAACCCACUGGCUUUGCCGGGAUCUCCGUAUCCGAAUGCAAAUCCAGGCAGGUUAGGAACAUAGUCAGUCGUUCGUCAGCCAAGACCCCGAUUCGCCCCAGGACCUAGGAUAGUCGAUCACGUGGUUAAAUUGUACAUGAAGCAACACACAAGAGAAUUGUAUACAUUUCAACGCUACAACUACGCAUAGAUAUUACCGGGCUGUACAGCACGCGACAUAGCAAUAGCAAUACUAAGGUGCCACCCAAGGACUUCGAUUUAAAUUGCGAUUCGGUUCCGGUUUUCGUUCUCUUUCAUUUGCAAUGCUGCUGUACGUUAAUUAAGUACUUUUAUUUCGCCACCUACCUGACUAAAUUAUUUACUGUAAUGUAUAUAUAUAAAUUUUCAAAUAAAACAUAAUAUGCAGCCGCCAGAAAAAAAAACAA